AUGGUGGGAAGAAAGAAAAGGGGAACGACUGCUCAGCCAGUGCGGACACCCAGUAUCUCAACGCGCUCGGGGCGCACCGCUCAAGAUGUCAUCCCUCCCACGCCCACCCGUGGCAGAGGUCGCGGGCGAGGACGUGGUCGCGGCCGUGGUCGCGCCAGUCUUCCUGGUCGCCUGCCGUCCAGUCUGGAUGCUCCGAGUAGCCCUGUGCGCUCGCACAUUGUCAAGCUGAAAAUCCCGUCUUUGAUCCAACGGGUCAUGUCAGAAGACGAGUUUGAUGACGAUGAUGAUGAAAGUGUGCCAGCCAGCGCGGCCUCCCGCAAUCCGGAGACCCCUCGCAUCCGACGUUCACGUCGUGCUUUGGCUGUCCCCGAGUCGUCGCGUACGACCCGCCAGUCCGCCAGACUCAAGCCUAAUGAAGAUGGCACUUAUGAAGAGGUGUCACCCUCGAAAUCUAUUGACUCAGAUGCCAGUCAUCCGGAUGAUGACAUGGACUCAAAUUAUGAUGAAGACUACAAGUCUGAACCUGCUAUUCGCAAAACAUCUCAAUCGCCGCAGCCUCGCAUUAUUGCGUCUGCUCCAGUCUCGCCUGGAGCUGUUCAGCCAUCGAAUGAGAUGACUGGCGACCACUUUUAUGGUAUGGAGCCCAAGGCCAAAGACGACCCAGCGGCUACCGAAAGUCCCAAAAUGGCGGAAUAUGAGGAAGCUCCCUCUGCGCCUAUCUCUCCCCGACUCUCUCGCAAGCGCAGGUCUUUGGACAUGCAAGAUGAAACCCCGGAAAUUGAUUCCGAAUUCCCCAGUAAAAAAUUGCGGACUGAUGAAACCGAAACCGAAGAGGCGGUCGAUAGCCCCAUGCAAAACGGAACGGAAAUGGAAACCCAGGCUGAAACAACGCCUGAGGAUGUUCCCAUGCCCUCUGAUGAAUUUGAUCCCCCUGCUUUUGCUCCAGUUGUUCGAGGCCGUGGAGGCCGAGGAUCCCGCGGUGGUCGAGGCCGUGGCCGUGGCCGAGGUCGUGGUCGCGGCAGUCGCGGAGGAUUUGUUGGUCCCAUUCGCUCUACACUACCCAAGCCUCGUGGCGGCCGAGGACGAGGCCGUGCUCGCCAAACUACCAUCAUCAAACGUGGCAAGAAGAUCGAAGAUGAGGUCUGGGACGCCGAGAACUGGCGUGGUCGCACUCCAUCCCCUCCACCGGAUACACUACCAACCAAAAGCCGUCAAGAUGAAAUGACGAAUCUCUUCAAAAAGAUCGGCCAGGCGCAAUCGAUUGCGCUAGGAUUUAUGUCUGACCAAUCUAUGCACAAGCUUUCCCGUGAAAAGAACGCCCACAAGGAUUGCCCCGAGUUUGCUCAAGUCCAGCAGGAACUGGCCGAGUAUCAGCGCAAGGCGCUUGAUCGGUUGAACGCCGAUCACAAGUGGAGAACGGAGUUAAUAAAAGAAAAGUACGAGGGCGAUAUUUACAACAUCAAGGGUCAAGCCGAAAAUAUUCUCGGGGCGGUGCAAAAUGAAAUGAUUACUUUCCUCAUGGGCAAGUUCAUGUCGGCAAUCAUUGGCCGUAGAGUUGCAGAGGAUGAUGAACAUACGGAGACCGAUACAUCUGAUUCAGAGCAGUCUGAAAAGCAAUUCCUUUUCCGAAUUGGCGACACAGCUAUCCGCCAAGUGGAACGUGGAUUCCUCGCCGAGGUCGUUCGGGAUCCCGAAGGAGCUAUGGACUACACCCAAGCCGACGAGGGCUGGGAUGACUUUGAUCAAAAAGCACGCAUGGGCAAACUCAACGAAGAAAUCCAACCACCAGAGCCAGAACCCAUGGAAGACGUCGCCUUCUCCAGCCUGGUCUUCGAAAGUCUCCUCCAAGCCGCAAGCAUCAUCGGUUCCUCCGAAUCAACCGGGAAACAACACACCUACGACGGUGUCUCCGACUACCCCAUGGACCCCCAUCCACGCUCUCUCUCCCUCCUAGCCGACGCAGCCCUCCUAGAGCCGCUGCCACCCCAUCUCCCCCAGAUGCAAACAUCCCACCUCCCCCACCGAACCCCCUACCCACCCCCUCACCACCUCACUCACGCCCACGCCCACCACACCCACGGGCACCCAUCCCAAGUCCCAGCUCCAGCUCCAGCUCCAGCCCCGGGCCCAACCCACGGUCCAACCGACCCAAGAUCAUUCAUCCUCCCCCGCCCAACCCCAACCCAACAACCGCGCCGCCUCCUCCCAGCCCGCGGCCAACUAAGCAUGGGUCUCCCAGACCCCUUCUCAAUGAACGGCCCUCCCCAACUCCCUCCACCCCCAGGCUCAAAUUUCGCCCGCCUCCCCCUGCCCGGUGGCUACCUCCCACCCCCAGCAGGCCAUCCGCCCCCGCCGCCAUCCCUCUACUUCCCUCCUCCCCCACCGGGCUCGCACCCUCCUCCCCCUCCCCCCUCGUCGCUACUAAUUUUCUCGGUUCUCGCUUCUGCGCAGACAAAUGAUGACUGA